AUCCAAGUGGCUCAGAGUGCACUGAGGCGAGGAGGAAAAACGGGGAAAGGAGAGCAGCAGUGUGGCAGCCAGCAUCAGUCACCUUGGAGCGGUCCGAGUGAGCGUAGGAGGAGGUGGGAGAUGGUUGGCAGCCUCUCUGCUGAACUCUGACUGAUCUUCUCUGAUUGAUUGUCUCUGUCUUCUACGACUCUCCUCCAGCAACAUGAGCUCCUCAUCGGCCAACCUUCACAGCAAACGUCUGCCCUCGGAGACCGAGCGAGGCCAGAGGCUCCCAGAUAAAGACGCAGCACAGCAGCUCAAGCUGAGAGACCGACAGCGUUUCUUCGAGGAGGUCUUCCAGCACGAUGUGGACGUCUACCUGUCCUCGGCGCACCUUUGUAUCCGAGACUAUAAGAGACCUCCAAUCGGCAGCAUCUCGUCCAUGGAGGUGAACGUGGACCUGCUGGACCAGAUGGAGCUGAUUGACAUCUCUGAUCAGGAGGCCUUGGAUGUUUUCUUCAGCUCUGGGGGAGAAGACGGAGUGCUGACCUCCCCGCUGCCAGUCCAAGGAAACAACAAUAACGAGGAAGUCAUCAGUAAUGGACUCUUUCGACAUGUCCUCGAGGGUCUUGAUGCCAAGUCUCGCAUGUCCUCCACAUCUUCUAACUCCUCAUCAGACAGCCAGACCACCAUCACCAACAGAGGAGACACCCCCGUAGUUAGGUCAGACGACGAGGAAACACACACCAGCACAGUGAAACGAAGAGCUGCGCCUCCAGAAAAAGAGAGGGUGAAAAGUCAGGCGCCGCCAUCGUCUUCGUAGGACGCUCUCCGCCUGCAGCGUAGGAGUUGACCUCAGCUGGGUGUUGAAGAGUGGACUUUGGGUUGCGAGUGUUUGAAAGAGGCCUCUCAGCUGCGACUGUCUUCCACACACCGGCUCUUAUCACAGCUUUCAACCAUUUCUUUUGAUUCUUUGAUUUGUAGGUUGGUUUUUGUGUGUGUUUUGGAGGUGCAGACCAUGAACUGUAAAUACUAAAAAUUUCCUAUAAAUUCUGACCCUUUUCCGUUCAUGUUUUGGCAUGUUUUGACAAGAUUUAUUCCUGUUUCUGACCUCACGCAUCUUGUUGUUGAUGAAUGAUUUUGUACAGUAUUAACGCAACCCAGGAAAGUAAUGCAGCGACUGAAAAUUAUAAAAUGAUACUUGGAUAAUAAUAAUUUGGCAGUAGAAAGUUUCAUUUUUAUUAAAUGUACUGUUUCUGAAAGCAACACAUUGUCCUGCCAAUGCAGAAUUCUGAGUUUUCUAGCUCCAACUUUAAAUGAUUGCUGACAUGAUUUCUUUGUUUUAACAAUAAAAGAAAAGAUGAAAAUGUA